AUGUCCGAAACUCCCGUCCCGUUCAUCAAACUCGACCUCCCCUCACCUGAGGAGUUCAGGAAGCGCAAGGUCGCGCUCAUCACUGGUAUCACCGGCCAGGAUGGAUCCUACCUUACCGAGUUGUUGCUCGAGAAGGGCUAUACCGUGCACGGCAUCAUCCGUCGCUCGUCCAGCUUCAACACGAACCGUCUCACGCACCUCUACGCCGAUCAACACGAGCGCCCCAACAAGUUUCACCUGCACUACGGCGACCUGACAGACAGCACCAACCUCGUGUACGUCCUCGCGCAGGUGCAGCCAACGGAGGUGUACAACCUCGGCGCGCAGUCGCACGUCAAGGUCUCCUUCUCGCUCGCCGAGUACACCGCCGACGUCGACGCGCUCGGCACGCUCCGCCUGCUCGACGCGAUCCGCACCGUCGGGCUCGCCGCGCACACGCGCUUCUACCAGGCGUCGACGUCCGAGCUGUACGGCCUGAUCCAGUCGCGCGUGCAGGACGAGAGCACGCCGUUCUACCCGCGCUCGCCGUACGGCGUCGCGAAGCUGUACGGGUACUGGAUCACGGUCAAUUACCGCGAGGCGUACAACAUGUACUCGUGCAACGGCGUGCUGUUUAACCACGAGAGCCCGCGCCGUGGGCGGACGUUCGUGACGAGGAAGAUCACGCGUGCGGUUGCGGAUAUCCAUCUGGGCAAGCAGAGCUGCCUCUACCUGGGUAACUUGGACGCGUCGCGUGACUGGGGUCAUGCCAAGGACUACGUCGAGGGCAUGUGGCUCAUGCUCCAGCAGGAAAAGCCCGACGACUUUGUCCUCGCCACUGGCGAAACCCAUAGCGUCCGCGAGUUCGUCGAGAAGUCCUUCAAGGAAGUCGGCGUCACCGUCGAAUGGCGCGGAGAGGGUGUCAAUGAGGAGGGCUUCAGCAAAGAGACUGGCAAGGCUGUCGUCAAGGUCGACCCGCAGUACUUCCGUCCCGCUGAAGUCGAGCUCUUGCACGGUAACCCGGCUAAGGCCUCUCGCCUGCUUGGCUGGCAGCGCCGCGUGACGUUCGAUGCGCUCGUGAAGGAGAUGGUCCAGGCCGACAUCCAGGCGUCGGCAAACCCGAUCGAGGACCAGAACUAA